GAUACACAUUUGUUCAUUUCUGCAGAUAUUUUGGAAACAUUACAAGCUCGUAUUGAUGAUUUGAUGGAUCAGAUUAGCUUUCCAUUGGUAGAGAAAUAAUUUUUUGAUCGUGCCAAAAUCAAAAAAAUUUUGACAGUAUGGCAGCUAAAGCAAGCGCAGUAGAGAGGCAGUCCGGCCGUAUCAAAGAUAGCAAUCAAAAAAGAAUUCUAGAUGAGGCAUCUCGAAAUCGACGAGCUCGAAAAGCUUUGGAAGCUUUGGAACAGGAUAAUUUCCAUGAUGAUCCUCAUGCUGACUUGGUGAUGAGCAAGAAAAUUCCUAAAUUUCAAGAAACAAUUGAAUCACGAGGAUCCAGGAAGAAGAAACCUAAAAGUGCAGAAUAUUACAAACAGAGGUUCCGGAAAAGUUUAGCACAAAUGGUGGAAGAAGACAAGAACUACAUGACUGGAGGAACAUCUUAUAUCACUGCAGCAGUAGAAGCUUCCAGAUAUCCAGAUAGACACUUUUGUGCAGUCUGUGGUUUUCCCAGUAAUUACACCUGCGUACCUUGUGGAGCACGUUACUGCUCAGUCAGAUGCCUAGGAACUCAUCAAGAUACCCGGUGUCUCAAAUGGACAGCUUAAAUAUUAUUCUUCUUCGACAAAACAAGUGAAUUGAAUUGAAUUGAAAAAUGUAAAACUCCACUCCAUCCAAGUCACUUAAUAAUAAGUAGCAUCAGUGAUAAAUAAGUGAAAAUAUCAAUGUUGUUGAAAAUAAAAUUGAGGUUCACCUCAGAAAAAAAUACAUUCUUGAUUUAACAAGAUUAUCUUUUCUCUAAUUCAGGUACGAUUCAAUAUUAUUUUUCUUUUAGUCACUUUCAGUAGUGCAAGUAUCUAUUGCACUUUUUUCAUGUCUUGCUCCAGUCAUAAACGACUUCACUUUAUGAACUUGAUUUAUUCAUUGCAAUUCAUCCAGUUUAAACAUUAAAUGAAUCGAAUAAUGAAUCUUUCGGUGUUAGAGAUUUUGUUUGAUAACUUUGGUAUACUAUAAAUAUCAAACCUGAGGAAACAACCCUUAAAGUUUACACCAUGAGCUGUACUGCUGAUACUUAAGAGAAUGAUUUAUCAGGAACAUAAGCUCAGAUUUAAACUUUAAAAGCAAUGUUCAAUGUGAUUUUAAGGCUGAUCAAAGGAACAUGCCUUUUGCUGUAUCUACAAGGUCUGAUGUCUUAUUGUCAGCUAAUCUCUAUUUUCAUAAAAUUUUGAGACUUCACUCCCAUGGGGCCUUUAAAGUAUUAAGUUUGCCCUUAUGAGGGACUUGGGACCCUUCUCCUCUCUCAAAGGCCUAGCUUGGCCCCAUUUUUCCCAACAGCAGAGAAGAAAAUAAGAAAAAUUUCUGAAAAAAUUGUUUUUUCUGGAAAGUAUUAUUUCUUAUUAAGUGGGAGGUCAAUGAAACUAUAAACUUGGUCCCCCUCCCUCCCUCGCAAGAACCUGCAAGCCAAGAUCAGACCCUCUCCCUCCUAAAAGUGGCUUAUGCAAUACUUGAAUGGCCCUGCUUCUGUUGUGUGGUUUAAAUAUAAAAUUAAGUAAAACUUUAACUGAAUGAACAAAAAUGGCAUGUUUUCAAACUGCAGCAGUGCGGAUGUAUUGAAAAAGUCUGGAAAAUCCAAAAUUUCUGUUUUAUUACGUACUGAAUAAAAAGUUUACUUAAUUCUAGAAUUACAAGCUCUACAAUUUGAGGAAUAGCACAAGGCAGGAACAUUCCUUGCUUAAUCACUAAUUAACCUGUAAAGAAUGUUUCCUUGUUAGUAAUCUUAAAGUUUUCUUGAUUUCAGAAAUAAAUGUAUUUUUUAUGUCAUUUAA